GUGCGAACGAGCAGCCUCUCAUAUACCGCCUCCCCCAAGCCCAAGGGCUCUACGGCGUCCAGUCCAGAAGCCUCGUUCGUCGAGCCACACGGACCAUCGUCCUUUAUUCGCUGGUCUCCGCCUGCCUCGUUCUCCUCCUCUUCUUCCUUCUCCUCCACCUGCCUCCUUUCCCUUCCUCUAACAUCGCCUCAAUUGCGCCGACGAUUGCACCUCCCCCCUCUUCCCUUCGCACGCGCCGCAUCUCCCCCCCUCCCCUCCAGCAUGAAGUCGGGCCUUGCUACAGCGGCCGUCCGGGCGGCGCCCCGGGCGCUCACUCGCGCGCGCCUCGGCACCUCGAGCAGCAGCAGCAGCAGCAGCAGCAGCAGCAGCACCCCAUUCGCCGCCGCGGCGACGCCCGCCGUCGGCCUCGCCAGGCGCAACGGCCAAGUCCGAUUCGCGUCCGGCGCCGGCGCCACCGCCGACCUGAAGAAGACGCCGCUGUACGACGUGCACCUCGCGCACGGCGCCAAGAUGGUCCCCUUCGCGGGCCACAGCAUGCCCGUGCAGUACGCCGGCGCCUCCCUCGCCGACUCGCACCACUUCACCCGCAACCAUGCCUCGCUCUUUGACGUCAGCCACAUGGUCCAGCACAUCUUCAAAGGCAAGGACGCCGCCGCCUUCCUCGAGCGCGUCACACCCUCGGGCUGGGCCACCCAGGCCAACAUGGCCAGCAAGCUGACCACCUUUCUGUGGCCCGGCACCGGAGGCAUCGUGGACGACUCCGUCAUCACCAGGAUCGGCGAGGACGAGUACUACGUCGUCACCAACGGCGCCUGCUUCGAAAAGGACACCAAGUAUCUGGACGAGGAGCUGGGCAAGUUUGGCGGCUCGGUCGAGUGGACCCGCCUGGACGGCUCCGGCCUCGUCGCCCUGCAGGGCCCUCAGGCCGCCGACGUGCUCAAGGAGGUCCUAGCCUCAGACGUCAACCUCGACGCCCUCUACUUUGGAAACGCCGUCUGGGCCGACCUGAAGCUGGCCGACGGCUCCAAGACGCACCCCGUCCUCAUCAGCCGCGGCGGCUACACGGGCGAGGACGGCUUCGAGAUCUCCUUCAACGGCAAGCUUUACCCUGCCCUGGAGACCACCGGUCCCGCCGUCGAGGCCCUGCUCAAGGCCGCCGGCCCCGAGCGCCUGCAGCUCGCUGGCCUCGGCGCCCGUGACUCGCUGCGCCUCGAGGCCGGCAUGUGCCUCUACGGCAACGACCUCGACGACUCGACGACUCCCGUCGAGGCCGGCCUCAGCUGGGUCAUUCCCAAAGAGCGCCGCGCCGCCGGCGGCUUCCAUGGCGCCGAGGUCAUCAUUCCCCAGCUCACACCCAAGAGCAAGGGCGGCGCUGGUGUUGAUAGACGCCGCGUGGGCUUUGUUGUCGAGGGCGCCCCCGCGCGUGACGGCGCCGAGGUGGCCAAGGACGGCCAGACGGUGGGCAAGAUCACGAGCGGCGUCCCGAGCCCGACGCUGGGCAAGAACAUCGCCAUGGGCUACGUCAAGGACGGCCUGCACAAGGCGGGCACCGAGCUGGACGUGGUGGUCCGCGGCCGCAAGAGGAAGGGCGUUGUGACCAAGAUGCCCUUUGUCCAGACGCGGUACCACAAGAGCAAUGCGUAGCGAAGCAGCCGGGGGCCAUGUGUAGGGAUUUUUAUCACUUGAACAGAAUAGGGAUACUUCAACGUGUUUCACUCGCUGGGCGGAGUUUGUGUGUGUAUAGACUCUUUUUCUUUGCAAUUUGAAAGCGUCUUUGGGCAACGCCGAGGGGAAACGGCUGGCGAAAAUUGCGAAUUGGACAUGUGGCAAUGAAAUUGAAGGACAAUUGAAGCAAUGAAGCCCCCCAUCCUGCUGCGGCGCUACGUGAAAUUGAUGCCCACGAUAAUGAGUACGACGACGACGACGACGGUCCCGCCGGUUGGCGAUGAUCAAGACGGACGGACUGGCAUCCAUCCAUAGAUAGCCGAGUCCAGCCGUCGCGCGUUGCACAUCCCCCGCGUCGUGUCGAAGCAAAAAGUACGAC